AUGGCUGGGCCCUGCCCGGAGGAUGCGACCAUCCACAGCUGCGGCGAGUGGUGCAAGGCCGUGCACCCCGGCUCGCGCGCCACCAUGGGAGGCAGUCCUUGCGCCAGGCUGUCGAGUCAGGACCUGCAGAGAGGCAUGGGCCCAGCUUGCACUUGUUACGACAGCAGCUACGAGCGGGAGCUUCAGAGCUGCAGGUCCCAGUGCCCGGAGGCGGCGGAGGCCAUGCAGCCCUUCACAGGAGAGGAGGAGCUUUGCUUCGGCAGCGUGGGCCAAGACACCUGCAGGGCGGACCAGCUCACCUCUAAGUCUGAGAGGUUCUUGCUCUACGACGUGAAGCCCGGGGAAGGCUUCAACUUGCAGCGGGAGGUCUUUCCGCGCGUGGCCUGGGUGGUCGCACAAGUCAACACCGCCCUGCAGAAGCUCUGCGCCGGUUCCGGCGGCGCUUCCUCCACUUCCUCCGGCUGCGGCAGGUGGUCCUUGGUGCUGCCGCCCUGGUGCAGGUUGGCGCACUGGCGGUCCUCCAGCGAGGAGCACGUGCCCUGGGCCCGGUUCUUCGAUGCGGAGAAGCUGAAAAGCGGAAACGUCACAGUGCUGGAGUUCCACGAGUUUGUGCAGAAAGCUGGUGGGCCGCUGGUGGAUCUGGUGGUGAGCACUUCCACCGAGAGGCUGCCCGCGGGCAAGAUGAGGAGCAAGCCACGGAAGUCCGGAGGAUUCUACGGUUUCGCGCGCACGGCGGAGAGCUGCUUUAAGCCGAACGGCUUGAAGCCCCCGCGGCAAGAGUGGCUCCCCGAGGAGCAGCGAUGGCGCGUGACCUAUUCGGGCAACUGCGCGGAGGGCGUGGCGGCCAUCGACCACCGCUGCGCCGUGCUGGCGGACUCCUCUAGCCGCGACUGGGUGGAUUUGGUGCUGGUUUCCAUGCGCGAGGGGGUUCGAUCAGUGCUGCUGAAAGCCGCCGACUCGGUGGGGCCGCCCGCCAAGGAGGAGAUGGACGCUUUGGGCCUCCGGGCAGCGAUGGUCUUCGCAAGGCCGCUGCGGGACCUUGGGGAGAGGUACAUGCGCGAGGUCCUGCGGGGCCGGCCCUUCCUCGCGGUGCAUAUCCGCCGCACCGACUUCCUCUACGCGCGGGAGAAGACCACCCCAAAGCCUGAGGAGAUCGGAAACCAGCUGGAGCUGGCCAUGGCUGACUUCAAGGUGGACCAGGUCUAUGUGGCCACAGACGCGGUGUCAGAGGUUCGGGAGGCCUUGAAGGAGCUUCGAGGAAAGGUGCUCUUCCUGGAGGACAUGCCAGAGGUAGCUUCCGAAGCCGGUUUGCUGGAGGGCGAGGUAGCCGCUAUUGAGAUGUGGAUCGCAGCAAGGGCCGCAGCAUUUCUGGGCACUCAGGAGAGCCGGUUCACCAUGCACAUCCAGCAGGAGCGCGCCUGGCUGGGCCAGAGCUUUGCGUCCUCCAACCGGGAGCUCUGCAAGGCUAUGGCGCGGGGCAGGUGCUACUCGCCCUACUUCAAGGCUGGAGGCACCGCUGCCGAGAACCGCCGCGAGUACUGGCCGUGA